GAACGAAGCGGAAUAACUGGAUAGCACAAAUGAUGAGCGGAAGCGCCGGUGCGCGCGCCUCCCUAUAAUAAUCUGCUUGAAGAGCGAGGCUGUCUUUUUUAGCGCUGCUCUCUGACAACCUAACAGAGCGGAGAAAGGGACAGACAGGCAAAACUGACUUUUCUGCGAAUCUCUGUGGAUUUUACUCCUAAAUAUAACACGCGAGUGGGCUUAAACAUUUCUCCGAGCGGAAGAGUUGGUUUACGGCGUUCCCAUCUGAUCGGCAUUGUUUUUCGGUCUUAUUUCUAAGAGGAGCGACCAUGUGGUUCAUAAAGGGGGUGAUAUGAUGGCCGUGCUGUGAGGAUUUUGAUAAGUUUGAUAAUUUUCCAACAUUUUGGAAGAAUGAAAAUGUUUGAUUUUCACAUUUAAAGCGACUUUUGGUGCGUAAUUUGGCAGUUUUUGGUCUCCUUUACUAUUUUCCUGCUUCCAUCCAGCCGGGAUGCUGGCUUUACUUGUUGGACUUUUGUACCUGGUCAGUGGGCGCUCGGUGCGAAGUCAGGACGCCACAGGUAGCCGCUUCGUUUGCAACGCCAUCCCGCCGGGCGCAGAGCCCGGCUGCGGGUACGGAGCCUCGGUGAACCGCGUUCAGAGCAGCAGCCCUGUGGAGGAUGAGCUGCGUAACACGAUCAUCCAGCUCCGCGAAACUAUCCUUCAGCAGAAGGAGACGAUCGUGAGCCAACAAGGAACCAUCAAGGAGCUCAACUCCAAGCUGGCGCGCUGCGAGGCGGCAGCCGACGAAAUGGCGCAGGGCAAGUCCCGGGGUCAGGGCUCCAGGCGCAAGGAGUACGGGAAGAACACUAUGGGCGACCUGCCCCGAGACCCCAGCGAGACAAUAGACCAACUGGGCAAAACAAUGCAAAGCCUGAAGGGUCGCCUGGAGAACUUGGAGCAGCAGAGUUUGCGCCUCCCCAGCUCUAAUGUGUCAGCUGGAGGAGUCUCGGCCCUCACUCCUCUGCCACCGGAGCUUCGCCAACUGCUGCGGGAACGUCUGGGGGCGCUGGAGACCCAGCUCCUCCGGAAGGUGGCAGAGCUGGAGGAAGAGAAGAGCCAGCUCUACAAUGAAACAGCAGCCCACCGCCAACGCACGGAGAGUGCUCUGAAUGCCCUCAUGGAGAGGAUCACAGAGCUGGAGAAAAGUAAUAAUGCCUUUAAAUCACCAGAGGACUUCAAGGUGUCCUUCCCUCUUCGCACCAACUAUCUGUACGGACGUAUCAAGAAGAGCCUUCCAGAGAUGUACGCCUUCACUGUGUGCAUGUGGCUCAAGUCCAGUGCCAGUCCUGGCAUAGGGACCCCAUUCUCUUACGGCGUGCCGGGCCAGGCCAACGAGAUAGUCCUCAUCGAAUGGGGGAACAACCCCAUCGAACUACUAGUCAAUGACAAGGUUGCCCAGCUCCCUCUGUCAGUGAGUGACGGGCGCUGGCACCACAUCUGCAUCACCUGGACAACCAGAGACGGCUUCUGGGAGGCUUACCAAGAUGGCGAGCGUCUUGGCACAGGAGACAACCUGGCCCCUUGGCACCCAAUUAAACCUGGAGGGGUGAUCAUCCUGGGUCAGGAGCAGGACAUCGUUGGAGGUCGUUUCGAUGCCACCCAAGCUUUUGUGGGAGAGCUGAGCCAGUUCAACAUGUGGGACAGAGUACUGCGGCCCGUGGACAUCAUCGGCCUCGCCAACUGCUCGGCCUACAUGCCCGGAAAUGUGGUCCCUUGGGUUGACGCUAAUGUGGAAGUGUUCGGCGGCGCAAGUAAGGCUGCUCUGGAAAUCUGCGAAGACCGCGCUUUUAAUUCUUAAAGGAUGCGAUAUGGGAAUCUUAGCGUAGCCGCAUGGGAUCAAGAGGCAUCCUGACUGUUGCUUCUGUCGAAUCCCAAAAGGCCAGGGUGGCAGUGCUCCAUCCUGGGCUUUUUAUUACUCAUUUUUUUCAUGUGGUCUGGCGGAGCAGUUUCAAAGACUCAGAGUUUAUUGGAUUAAAAUUUUCCACAUGUAUGUUUAGUUUGAGCCGCAAUAACUUCAAAUCAGUUUCUACGAGUGCGGAAGAAACUGUACGCUGUUACAUCAGUCUGCAGCGAUGACACCACCCGCUCUCAUCUUGUGCUUUUUUUCCCCCUUUUAUGAGCCCUGCUGUCAUUGAGCUACUCUUUGAAAAAAGUUACCCUUGUUUGCAUUCUUUAUAAUGACAACCCUGCACUGUAAUCCUUGUUAAUGUGAGCUCAAACCAGCUUUGAUGUGCAGUAGAAAACUGUGGUUGAGCAGAACAGGCUGCAAGCCUCACCACAGUUUGAAGAGCAAUGAAACAUUGAAAGAAGGUAGACGCUUUUUAAGUGGACCGAUCAUUUAUGGGGCAUUGGAACCCAAAAGGCUUUAGGGGCAGUACGUGCUUUCGGUCAAAGAGCAGAGUGAGCGCCUUGUGAAACAGCAAGCCAAUGCUGACAACAUUACAUAACUGUGUGUACAGUCCAGUGGUCAUAGCUUGUCUUGCGUGCAAAACGGCCAGAGAUUAUGAGCGAGACAGGACAUUUUCAUUCUUGUAAAUCUAUGCUUAAUACCUCACUGCCCCUUGAGCAGCUGCCACGUCCCAAACAGCUUUAUGGACAGCCUGGCUCCGCUCAGGUUAAUAGCGAGGCCGGACAGCUGCCCAGGACUGGCAAAUCGACAGAGCCGUGGACAUCAGUCCUCAUCAAGGGCAGGGACUGAGUCUGAACCUCAAGAACGAGCGUUGCCUCACGUGGAUUGUAAUUAUCCAUGUUUAGAAAUGAGGAUGAGAUUGAGCAGCCCUGGACCUCUGCUGUGUGUAUUUUUUUUUCCAAGCCAAGUGUGUCAUAAUUGAUGAAAUAUAGAGAUGUAGCGCUGAAGUCAGAUGAAGCCCCUCAGAGAAAAUGAGGAAUUUUGCUAUGAAAUGGACUAAAUUGCCUUACACCGGACAAAAAUAAAGGUUUUGAUCCAUGGAUGUGAUGUAUUUUUAAAAACUUUUAGCAGCAAGUGCUGAAUAAAACUAAUGCUUUAUGCAUUAAAACCAAAAAAUUUUAUUUUCAUGUUUGCAUGCAUUUCCUUUUCAUCUUUAUUUUCUCACGUGUUCCCAGAAAACCUCAAAUCGACAAAGUUGUCACUGACAGGUUACCCCUAAUUCUUUUACUACUAGACUUUCCUAAUUAUUAAUAAUCAAAAAGCCUCUAUUUCUGUAAUACGCAAAUGCAGUAAGCUACUUCACAGCACAGAAUGUUGCAAAAGAGAAUGCAUUACCUGACGUGUACUCUGAACAAAAGAUUUGUUGACACGCUGUAACUGUUUUGAGCGCUUUUUUCCUCUGUAGAAAAUGUAACUUCCCUGCUUUUUCUGUUCAUGAUUUUUGUCCAUCAGCAGCACAGGAAAAAAAAAGUAGAAAUUCUGAGCAUGGUUUAAAUGGCCUUUUUCUAAGAACCAAAUGUGCAUUUCUGCUGGUUGACAACUCAAAUGUAUUGUCAGAACUUCAACAGCAUAAAAGAAAGUGUGUUUUUAAAUGCUCCUAUAUGUGCUAUAUUUCUAAAAUGAAUGUCCUUUUGCAUCCAGUAAAAGAGUCUAACUGUUCCAGAAAUGCAACAUUAUAGCUUUAACCAGAUCAUUUAACGGACAAAUGAAACAGCUGGCUGAACAGUCGAAGCGUGUUUUGUCAAAUUAUCUAUGCCCCUCACGAGGGAAAUCAGGGAAGGUAAAUCUCUGCUGAUGACGUGCAAUACUUAAAAAAAAAAAAAAAAAAAAGGUACACAUUUGGUUGCAUCGAGAAGAUGCAAAUGUUUGUCUUGUUUGGGGAACUUAUCACAGUAAUCAUUGCAGUAUACGUCCUCUCAUCUGGACAAUGCAAUGUUGUCAGCCGAGGUGAAAUCCUCUGGACUGGCUGACAUCCAGGUGGAAAUGAAAAAAUCUGCCCAUGCGGAUUAUGGGAGCUGCUACUAUGUAGGACACUGUGAGCCUUCUUCUCUCUCCUUGACGCUGCGUGCUGAUGCUUCUGUCUGCGUGCUUUUUGAGAUGCAACACGGGGCCCAUCUCUCAGAACAAAGCAAAAAUACGAGGCCUCCACAGAGUAGCUUUUAUUGUGAAAUAUGUGAUACUAUAUACAUUUAUUGAGGUUUUUUUUUUUUUUUUUUUGCUGUUCAUGAGCAAGCAUUUCCUGCUUCCUUUCAUUACAACUGGGUUGCUGCUGUCAUUUGACAAAAUCAAAUGUUCUAAAACGUUAAAAUAUAAGUAAUGUCGAAAGUGAAAAAUCUAUGGUGCUUUAAAAAAAUCACAAUUCAGACAUAUUUAAUUGUGUUCAAAAAUAAAAAAUAAAGUCAUGAACUUCUGUGCGGUUUUCCAUCCAAGCAGUGUCUUUCAUUUUAGUUCAUUGCAUUCAUCAAGAGAACUUGAAUCAAUUUUACAUUUCAAAUCCUUAAUUUCAUCAAGUUAUUGCACAUUUGAAAUUUUUUUUUAAUUUAUUGUUGCAGCCACAAGCAUAACAUAAAGGUGCAUCAUUUUUGCUACAUAUUUCUGUAAUAAAUUGGAAUAAAUUGGUACUAAAUAGAUGUCUGAUUAAAACAACCUCUAACCUUCUGCAUGUAGGAGGAUGCUGGGAGAUUGGUUGGCAAAAAUUCAGAACGCUAUUUUCAAUAAAUAAUUCUGUAAUGUAGUCAUUACCAUAGAUCUGCUCAAAACUAAAAAUACAGAAUAAUUGCUGUCUGAGGGAUUAAAAAGCAUGAGUUUCUCGCGUCUUCAGUUCAAAAUACCCAGAAUCCUUUAACAGCAUAAUGACAAAAAUUGAAAACUUUGCCUGCAUUUGGAGGACGAAUAUUUCAAUAAGCAUUUUAAGAUUUUAUUAAAUUUUUUUUCCACAUGAGGCAUCUAAGAGUGUCAGCUCUUUUGCAUAAAAUACAAAUCAUCAAUGUUGAUUUUCAUUCUGUUUAUGUUCUUUCUAUGCGUCUCAGUUCUAUAAUGCAGACUGGAUGGUUGAAUUCUAACUGUUAAAAUGAAGCUAACAAGAAAAAACUUAUCUUCGUGGUAAAAAAAUAAAAAUCAGUGAAUGAAUCGUUGUGUGUUUUUCUGUUUCUAUGUAUACGAUGCUUGCAUUUUCUGAUUUAUGGUCAAAUUCAGCUUUUUGUUAUGAAGCAAACAACUACCGGUACAUGUUUAUUAAAGAAAAACCAUUUUACAGCAACUUCUUAGUAUUUUGCUGCUUUCUCUUAAUUUUAUCUAUCCCAAAUGUAAAGAGGUGCCAUGGUAAAUCAAACUGAUUAAAGAUGGAGAAAGUCUUUAUCCACUUUUCUUCCUUAUCUGCUUGUCACUGUCUCAUUUAUGUCCCAAAGGAAACCAUUCCAGUCAGUAAUUUAAAAAGGUUUAAAGAUCUUCAUGAAAAUGUUGUUGAUCCAACUGGAUAUCAUUAGCUCUAUAUACCCCAUCCAACCCACCUUUCCCCAAAAAAUCAACAAAAGAGACUCAUUAUUCUCCCUGCAGCUGACCGGACGGCCUGAAAAAAUGUGAUGUAUUUGUCACACUAUAGGCUGCACCAGAAUAUAAGGCAUCAUCUUAAUAUAUCAAGUUAAGAAGCAUUUUAAUAUAGGACUCCUUCUUUUGUAGCAGCUUUACAAUUCUUGCAUCCAUUGAACCUGUGAGACUUGGGAGAGUUUCUGUUUGAAUUUGAUUGCAGGAUGUCUGAGUAGUAUCCCAGAGCUGCCGUUCAGAUGUGGACUGCCUCCCACCCUCAUAGAUAUUCCACUUGACAAUGCUCCAAAGCUUCUUGAUAUGUUUGAGGUCAGGGGAGGGUGGGGGCCACAUCAUCAGUUUAUCUCAAUUUAUGCCCAAAGCAGCCAAUGUUGCAGAGGUAUUCCUUGCAGCAUGAGAUGAUUUUGUUACGGAUAGCAUUGUGCUUCUUUUUGAACCACAGAAGAAAGUGGUCAGUGAGAAAAGCCACAUACUUUUCAGAGGUCAUUUUCACACCUUCAGGGACCCUAAAGAGGGCCGACUAAACAGUUAGAUCUUUUUGACACUUCGAUACAAUUUGCAUGAUAAUUUGGAACACACUACAGUGUGGAAAAUACAGUAAUAUCCACUUUUGAAAAGAAAAGAACCACGCUGAGCUAUGUAGUUUUAUUUUCUGCCAAUAUCUUCUUUUGAAAUAAACUUAAUAGUUUCUUACUUUGAGUUUACUGUUUUGUUUUGUAACUUGGAGGUAAAGGUUUUUGGUGAUGUUUCUGUGAAAGCUAUCAAAAAUAUGACUGAGAAUGUUUAGAUUUAAAUACACAUAUUUAGUUCCUCAUAGUUAAUUUUAAUCAGUGUUGGUGGCAAGAAGUGAGGAACAUGUCUGUACUGAGAACAACAGGGAAUGCAUUGAGUUCCAUCAGCAGGAGCAAAGGAACUCACACUGCACUUUAAGUGAUUACAAAUGGAUUUCUGGUACAUCGUACUUUAUGCUGUCAUCUGUUGUUCCUAUGGUUUCUUGCUUUUCUCAGAUAAGACAAUUCUCUUGCCGAAGCUGUUGCAAGGCACAAAUCAAGUCUGAGAGAGCAACAGAAGAAAAGAAAAAAAAAGCUGAAGAUUUCACAGAUACCAUCUGUCUUUCUAACAGUGGCAAGAUUCACACAGGAUAAACAAUGUGUUUGUUUGUCAGUGUAUGCGGGUAUGCGGCUGGUGUGCGGGGUCUGAAGAGUGGAUUUGUUUCAGUUAUUGAGUUUUGCUCCCACCGCUGUGGCGCCUUGAAUGGGAAAUUUCUAGCCCCAAAAAUCCUGGAGGGUUUGUGCAGAAAUGAUUUCAGCAGCUGCAGAUGAAAUGAUAACAGUACAUCACCAAAAGCAAAUUCUCUGUUGCUGCGGUCCGCAUUUGUUUAUUGGCGUGGACUGGAUUGGGGGAUGGGGAAUUUUCAUUUGUUAACAGAAUGAACCUGUCCUUGAUUAUCUGGCUCAUCCAACGUUGCCCAAUAUUGUGUUUAAGCACAGAAAAAAAAACACAAUUAAAGCCAAAUCCCAGAGAAUGUAUUUUAAUGAUGUUGGAUGCACAGACCUGCGAGGGAUGGAUGAGAAGAGGGAGGCAAAAUUAAAGUGUCAGGAUGCUUCUGUCUUUGCAUUUUUCUUGAGCCCCCUCCCGUUGAAACCCAGAAGAGCAAGUGCUGUGAAGACGGCGAGGAUGAGCACAAGUUAAAAACAAGUUAAGUUUCAAAGUAUUGAAGAACUUUGUCUUUGUGUGCAGAGAGAAAAGGUCCCUUAGGCUUUUGAGAGCUGCAGCAUCUUUGGAUGUCAUACUGUUAAUAAGACCCACAAAGCUCUUUCAAUGUGUAUCUAAUAGAAAGCCAUAUAAAUUCUGAUUCUAUGUCCUUUUCUUUACUGUAUGAAUAAUUCCCAAUGCCCAUUCCAAAUUCUAUAAGUAGAGGAUCAGUCAUUACUAUGAAGUGUGUGUUUAGGAUUGGAUUGUGAGGUUUCUUUGCCUCUGAAAGAUGAGAAAUGUCUACUUUUUCUUGAACACUGCUCAAAAAGACAGACAAUUCUCCAUCUGCAGUGCCUUUCCUUCCAGCAGCCCCUAUUCCCUCACUUCAGCCUCUUUCCCCGGCUAAAGCUCCAUUGUUACGGCUCCUCGGCAAGCUGCACAGACCCGUCUCCGCAUUGAUGUGCCACGCCAACAGGAGGGCCAUUAUGUCCUUCUGCUUUCAUUGUCAGGCCCCUUCUUCAGGUCUCUCAAACUUAGUGAAUGAGAAGGUAAAUGAUUGAAGCAGACCUCUGGCAGCCUCUGGGUUUCCACGCUUCACUCUAGUUCAGUCUCUUACAAAUCCCUUUCACACAGCCUGUUCUAUGCCUGGCUUUAAAAUAUGAUGAGUCAUGAGACAGCAUUUUACACCACUGUUAUGCCUCUGUAUUGCCUAGUGAGGUAAUAACACAGGAAAAGCUUUCCUACUGGGGAAAAAUGGAAACAAAAUCAGGCAGCCUUUGUCAAGUUGGUUCUGUGUUCAUGUAAAACAACUCACUGAUCUGACACUGUUCUAUUUGACCAAUAUAGUACACGAUGUAGGAAAAAUGACAAAACUGAGAUAAGUUUGAGUUGAACUUCUGAUGUUUGUUCUCUUUAACAAAAAUGUGUGAUAUUGUUAUGAUUCCCACAUUUUGUCUGGCAUUUAAAUGAUCUCUUCUGGUUAUUUUAUUUAAAUUGUUUUUAAUAUAUUUUAAAUUUACUUUCCACUUUAUAUAUUCAUAUACAUUUUAUGUUUCUUCAGCUUUCUUCUUAUGAUUUUAGCCCUAGUGUUUUCCAAUGGGAUCCUCUGUGCCAGGGCUUGCCGGUUUGGUCUGGGGUUGUUGCUGGGGUGCUUCCCCUCUUUGGGGCGGCUGAAGUCCAGCAUUGCAGCCUCAUGGCUGUGAAGUGGACCCUGCUGCUGUCCUGGUCUAUGGGUUAUGUGGCGAUGUUCCUUUGGCGGAGCUGGCUCCUGCUAUAAACAGAUUCCCAAUGCACUGUUUCCUCUCAGCAGAGCCAAGCCAUAAGUCUCUUUUAUCGGUGCAGCCUUUUAUAAUUACAUGUUUUCAAGCCUGUAUUUAUGGUUUGUGGGUCAUGCAGUGUAUGUGUCAAUGGAGGGGAGAGGUGAGGACAAAAGGGUGGGUAGGUUUUAUCUUUUUUAUUUUGUUUGUUUUUAACUGUAAAGCACUUUGAGCUGUGUGGCACAAAAAGCGUCUUUUUUUAUACAUAAAAUUCGAUUUGAUUUGAUUGCUGGUCAUCUGCAACAUGCAUAAUUCCAUCCCUGAUUGGGACCUUAACUUUUACAUGCAAAACUGUCCAUUUUUUGUUUUUUUAAUAAUUCCUGUAUCUGUAUGACAGAAGUAACUAAGGUCCCAAAGCACUAUUGAGACUGGAGGAUGCCGUAGACUGGAGAAAUAUCUAUCAUUGAUCCCAAGAAUGAGAGAACUUCAGCCAAAAGUUUCGAAAGCUUAGCCAGUGAUGUGGGCUUAAUCGCACAACUUUUAAGAUGACACACUGGUGGAUUGUGGCUGAAGUGACUGGGCUGCAGCUGCGUCUGAAGUCCCACUCAUAUUCCCAAACAAUUAUGGUAAACAGGAAGAGAAGCAGCAUCAGAGGAGAAAAGAGGACAGAAAGAGGACAAAAACAGCCAACAAGGUUUCUAUCUUUAUUUGAAUAAAUCUUUACCAGGAAAUGGGCCCUAAAGGAUUUCACCAUAUAAUAAAGUUUAACAGCAAAAUCCAGAUAUUAAAACACAAAGACAGAUCCCCACAAAAAA